AUGUUUUUAUUUAUAGCGGAAUAUUUAAAUAUCCACGUGAAAUCAACUCCAGCUGCAUUUAUACUCCAUUGGUAUAAUUGCACCAAACUGAAGAAUAUAAUGAAUGAAAUUAAUAUUGGUUGCAUAUUUUUUAUCCAUAAGUAUAUAAUGCAUAAUCAUUACUAUUCCAGGCAUAUCGUUCAAUUUCUUGCAGAAGGUUAAAUCAAUUCCAAAAUAACUAAACUGCUGUCAAAUUCCAAGAAUCAAACAUAAUUCCUGAAGCAAUAUUAAGUUUCUUAAUUUAGUUGAAUAAUAUUUUCUUACCAAUAUUAUGGACUUCGUUUUUCCUACGUUUGACUACGUCGUUUUCUGCAUUAG